AUUCUCUACAAGUUCGAAAGAAUCAAAAAUAUCCAAAAAUCGCCUAAUUUCCGAGAUAUUCCCGCUUUUUUACCUCGAAACACAAUUUUCUUCUCACGAAACCAAUUCAAAGCCGCCCCUGACCCUUUCACAUACACACACACUUCACGAAAUUAGUUCAACAGUUGUCCCUCAGAUGGCGCAGGCGCAAAAAACACCCGACAGCCGAUUGUUUCUCCAGUCUCAUGGCCGCCUCAGUUUACCUAACGCACGGCAUUUGUUUCGGCUCCGCCAUUUCCCCGUUAUUCCACUGUUUUUCUACUGUUACUCGGUUGUUUUGUCCUGUUUUUCCGUUGUUUUCCUGUUGUUUUUUACUGUGAAAAUUCACCGAAAAAGUGCCUGUUCAAAAGAGUUGUUAAAGUUAAAUAGAGAAUUCCCGAAAGUGUCUAGUGUGCCGUGGAAGUUUUUAUUAUACGAAUAUCUAGCGUGCUGUGUGUUUGAGUGCGGCGUUUACGGCGCGCGAGUGGAACAAGGAGAGAAGAUAUAUCGCCCUGCGAGGAGAAGAAGGAGCGAAAGAGAAAGAUAUAUAUAGUGAGUUUUGAGUGGAAAAAAGAGGAAAAUUAUGUGUUGUGUUUGUUUUGGCCUGUUUUGAAAUUGAAGUUUUAAAUGGGAUUUUUACGUUGGAUUUUUCAUGUGUAAAAAGGGCCAACCAUGAGACACCAGUCGCCGCGAAAUUUUAACUCAUCCCGCGACCAAUCAGCAGCCGUUACCACGACAACCGGCAGUGCCAGGGCCACGCCCCCCCAAGGCCCCGCCCGCUCCUCUACUACGUCAUCCGUUACGUCAUUAUCAUGAGCCCGGCCGAUCGAGAUCCCGACAAUCCGGCCCGCUGCUCCGGCAGGUUCCAAACCAAGCCGCAGGACUUCCAGCAGCACCAGGACAUCGAGCAGCAAGCCGGCCACCUGCAGAAGCAUGAGAACCUGGAGCAGCGCCAAGAGCACCUGCAGCAGCAGCUCGACCUCCAGAGACAGCUGCAGAAGCACGAGCACCUGGAGCAGUACCAAGACCACCAGAACCUCCAGCAGCACGGGCACUAUCACGAGCACCCGCAGCAGCGGCGGAACCUCCAGCAACUCCUGCAGCACCAAGCACAGUACCAACAGCACCUACAGCAGUACCAAGACCACCAAGUGCACCAGAAACAGCACCUGCAGAGGUACCAGGACGAUAUGCGGCGGUACCAAGAGGAGCUGCAGUACCAAGAGCAGAAGCAGCUGCAGCUGGACGAGCUGCUUCACGAAGCCGGGUUCGAUCACAAGGCGCCGAGACCGCCCGUGCCCGGAGAAGAAGGGCGCCAAGCCGCCCGGGAUUGGGAGGAGAAGCCGAGGAAGCGCUGCGGUUGCGCUGCAGAAGACGCAUCGCUGCCACCGACCUACGCCGUUAACUACCCCGGCGCCGACUGUACGACUACUUCCAGCGUCCCCUACGGCGCCAAACCCACCGUUCCUUCGGGCGCCAACUACCCAGAGGCCUCCGGCGUCGGCGUCCAAGCGGGCGUCGGCCAAAAAUUCACCCCAGAGUCUUCCAAAUCUUCCACAAAUCCAUCCAGCGCCACCAGAACCGCCGGCGCUCAACUCGGCGCCGGCCCCAAAACGUUCCCGGACCUUCCCAAGCACUCUACCGGCGCCUACUCGUCGUCCGGCAAUCAAUUCACCACCGGCGUCCAAAUCGGCGCGGACUCGUCCAAGCCGCCUACGACUUCCACUACCUCCAGCGACGGUUCCUCGCCGCCGCCGGCGCCCGCUUGCCUGCGCUGGGCCGACUCGCUGCGUCGACUACUGCGCGAUCAAGAGGGCGUCGAGUUGUUCAGGCGGUACCUGGAGGGCGAGGGUCGGCGCCACGCCGACGCCCUGGAUUUCUGGUUCGCCUGCGAGGGGCUCAGAAAACAGACUGCGCCCGAUCGGAUCAGGCCCUUGGUUAAGGUUAUUUACAAAAAAUUCUUCGUCAAAUCUGCUCUGCCGAUCGACGAAGAGCUGAGAAAGGAAAUCGGAUCGGCUCUGAAAUCCUCUCAAUCAACCCAGUGCCUUUUUGAGCCUCCUGUGACUCUAUUCGAUAGAGCUCAAUCGGCCAUCGAACGACUCAUAGACAGGACGACCUACCCUAAUUUCCUCGAGAGCGACAUGUACCUGGAAUAUUUAGAGAACGCCCAGCAGCAGUCGAGCGGCAGCGUCAGCGCCGAUUCGGGCGCCGAACCGGCCCCCUUCGACAGGGCGCCCGAGCCGCUGGCGACGUUGCACGAAGACGCCGAGCUGGUGACGGAGGCGCAGUCGGCGCGCCGCGCCAGGCCCGGCGCCGCCAAAGCGCCGAGCGGCGCCGAGACGCCGGCGCCCGCCCUUCAAGGCCGGCUCACCAAAGAUUUGCUGUUGAUGUCUCAGCGCCGGCGCGCCGUCGAUUUGCGCCCGAAAUCGGAAACCUUCGCCAGCAUGAUGAUGUCACAGCGGCCAUUAUUGUCGAUCGGCGGAAGUUCGGGUAACGCGCAUGCGUCCUAUAAUUCCUACAAUCCGGUAUCGAGACAGGACAGCGAGUCCCAUUCGUUGAGCGGCCAUUCUGACGUCAGAACCGAAUCGGACAAUAUGUCGAUGACUGACGGGUCCUUGGACGGUCGAUCGUCGUCGCGACGCCGCGACAUCCUCGAGGCCCGGAAAAUCCGCGAGUCGGCCAUGAGAAACAGAGAACACGAUCUGGCUGGCGCCCGCCAAUUGUUCAUACCGAGAACAUCGAGACACCAACAGCAGGCCAUGGACGUCGAACGAUUCGCCGCCGUCUUGAUCGAGAAAUUGGAGCCAAUCAGGCGAGAGAGGGAGCAAAGGGAGUUGCUCGAGAUGAAAUUGAAAGAGAACGACUCGUUCCGCAGCUCGAAGAGCGACAUCCAAUCGGCCAUCAGGGAGCUCCAAUUGGGCGACGACAACGAUCCGGAGGACAUCUUGGAUGAGCACCUGUCGCGCGUGCUCUCCGACCGGAACAGUCGACUCUCGCCCGACUCGUCGGGCGGGAGUCCAGCCGGCGGAGUCAACGUCUAUUCGCCGCCCAGGAACAGGCACGUGGCGGCGCAGGCGCACGGCAGGAUCAGGAGGAAAGACAAGGACGGGUCGAUUUAUUCGAUCGACUCGGGAGUCAACGUGCGAGAUUUCGUCAACGCGCCCGAAUCGAUGUGGAGUCAGUCCGUCGAGGAGACGAGGUUCAGUAGAGGAGUUUACGGGAGAAGAUCGUCGAAAAAACCCCCACAAUCGGAGUUGGCCGACAGCGGCGUCUCAGUGGCCUCUGAGUCGACGUCGAAGGACAAUCACCGCGUCAUAGCCUGGUUGAUUGACUCGAAUAAGAGUCAAUCGACGAGUCACACGGGCCACCAGAGCCAUACGAGCCACAGCGAAAUGUCCCUGAAAUAUACACGGAGGAGAAAAGGAUUCGGAUUAUCGAGAUCGAAUUCGUUGGAAAGAGCCUCUUUGGUACCCGCCCAACCUUUCAUGGCCGAUCCGAAUAUGCCCCCAUUACCCCUACCUAAUACUGCCGUGCAAUUAGAGGAAGCGAGAAGGAGAUUGUUAGAAGAGGACCAGAGAACUAGAUUAACUAUUAAACAAAGAUCUUCCGGCCGCCAUUACCCCCCGGAGGCGGCGAGUCAAUCGAGCCAAUCGACCUUACGGAAGCCUGGCAGAGGUCAAAGGGUCCAAUUGACCCAUCAAGUACAAGGCCAGGGCCAAGGGCAAGGCGACUUGACCACUGUUGUGUUCAAUUUCUGCGAGGAACAGUUUCCCUACAGGACGAAAAUUCCCGGUACUCAAAUCACGCUGAGACAAUUCAAGGAGUACUUGCCUAAAAAGGGAAAUUACAGGUACUUUUUUAAGACAUUAUGUUACGAAUUGGACAAUCAAGUGAUCCAGGAGGAGGUGACAAAUGACUGUCAAGUGCUUCCUUUAUGGGAGGGGAAAAUUAUGGCCCAAGUCAAGACUAUUGAAUGAGUUUUUUUUUUAUUAUUUUUUAUUUUUUAGUUUCCUUUUUUUAUAUUUUUAGUUUUUUAGUUUUAAUAUUUUUGGAACUUUGUUUUUUUUUUUUUUCGAUUUUUUCUCUUCUUUUUUUGCGUA